AUGUCACCACGCCUCGUUCGCGCCCUGCGAUCUGGCACCACCCGGCAUGUCUUCCAUGCUCCAGCUUCCUACCGCUGUUUUUCGUGCGCACCCAUCGUCCGGGAGCAGACGAAGCCCCAACAGGAUGAACGCAUGACACACUUUGGGUUCACCAAUGUGCCCGAAUCCGAGAAGGAGUCGCGAGUGGGUGCCGUCUUCAGCUCCGUCGCAGCCUCCUACGACACGAUGAACGACCUCAUGUCCCUGGGUAUCCACCGUCUCUGGAAAGACCACUUCGUGCGCUCCCUCAACCCAGGUUCCUCCCUGCCCGCGCGUGACCCCUCCGCCCAAAAGGGCUGGAACAUCCUCGACAUCGCCGGCGGGACCGGCGACAUCGCCUUCCGCAUGCUCGACCACGCCACAAACAUCAACCACGAUCUCGACACCCGCGUGACGAUCAGCGAUAUCAAUGCCUCCAUGCUCGCUGAGGGUCGCAAGCGCUCCGUACAAACACCCUACUACAACACGCCGCGCCUCUCCUUCCUCGAAGCCAACGCCGAAAGCAUACCCUCCAUCCCGUCGGACUCGAUUGAUUUGUACACCGUUGUCUUUGGGAUUCGCAAUUUCACGGAUAAGCAGGCGGCGCUGAAUGAGGCCUUCCGGGUUCUUAAGCCUGGCGGUGUUUUUGCGUGCAUGGAGUUCAGCAAGGUCGAUAACCCGCUCUUUGAUGCGGUGUAUAAGCGUUGGAAUUUCAGUGCUAUCCCCCUCAUCGGGCAGAUCGUCGCUGGUGACCGCGAUAGUUACCAGUAUCUGGUGGAGAGCAUUGAGCGGUUUCCUAGCCAGGAGGAGUUCCGGGGUAUGAUCCAGAAGGCUGGGUUUAUGAUUCCGGGGCAAGGGUAUGAGAAUUUGACGGGUGGAAUUGCGGCAAUUCAUAAGGGAAUUAAGCCCAUUCACAAGGCUUGA